UCCAAAAACAAAAUCCCUGCAGUUAUGAUUAUUUAAUAACGCCUCUCUUCCUUUCUCGAUUCUUCCUUGUUUCCAGUUAGAAUUCGGAAUCAUCGAGUCAUUCAAUUAAUCAAUUCUUCGCUUUUUCCGCCUGGCGUCUGUCUUGUUUUUGUGAUCGAAUUGAGCUUAGCGGCAGCGAGGUGGAUACCAUUGAAUCCAUGAAUUGAUUCAUCUUCUGCCGAAGCGUGGUAUUGAGAAUUGGAGGGAUGAUUUCUUGUCGUAGAUCGGAUUAAGCGGCCGAUUUUCCCGGAAUGGAUUUGAUUUGUGGUCUUCACGACUGAUUAGUUUUUGCUUUUUUGUGGGGUAGAUUGAUGCCCGGAAUCCUAGGUUUUGGGGUUGGCGCGGAUGGAUGUCGGGAAAGACGAUGCUAGAAUCUGUAAUGGGGAUAAGACAGCUUCCGUUGUGAUUUCUAAGGACGGGGAGGAUAAGGGAGAGGAGGAAUAUAGGGAGACGAGCUCGCUUCUGUCGCCUUCAUUGAAGAAAGGUGGGAUACAGGGAAGAAGGCAGAGGAGUAGGAGUAAGAAGGUCCAGUGGAAUGAUCGCAACGGAAACAAGCUAGUGGAAAUCCUGGAAUUCCAGCCAAGUGAAUCCGAUGAAGAUGAUUAUGAAGAGUAUUGCAUCUGUACUAUAUCAUAGAUUCUUGCUGGUUUUCAAUAUACUUUCUUCAGAAGCAAUGUGCUCUUAUUACUGAUGUGAAUCAACCUUCUAGAUUUGGUUCAAUGGCGUUCACACCUGCUGUUGCCUGCAUGGACUAAAAGGUAACUCUAAUCAAAGAACAACAGCAUUCUUCUUUCUUCAAGAUGACAACUUCCUUUAGUUUUUGUUUGUUCCUAGAAAUUAGGGUUCUAAUAUCUGCCCGACAAUUAUCUGAAAAGAGAUUGUUUUGCUAGACCUAUAUGUAACUCCUUAUGCUUUCAAAAGAAAUUCAACCUUUUUUUUAAGGAGAAAUUUGUAAAUAUCUUCUUAUGUGUUAAGCUGUUUAAAGAAAUGUAAGGGGCCUUCUUUUUUUU